UGCCUCCAGCCGAGCCCCAGCCUCCUGCCCGGGCCCCCUGCACCCCCAGGGGAGGUGUUUGUCCUUCACCAAUCGCCAGGCUCUUCCUGUCUGAUUUCCAAAGUGCCAGUUCCCCAGAGCAGAGCGGGAGCUGGAAUCCAAGGCACGCGGGGCCCUUGCUUGCAGCAGUUCAGAUUUCUAACGGGGUCUUUGCGGCUGAGAACCCCCAACGAACGGUGACUGGUUAGCGCUGUCUCUCCGCAGGGUCACGUUGACAGCUCGGGCUGUUUUCCUCCAUCGAAGGUCAAACAAGCCGUUCCCCAGUGGCCCUCGGAUUAUUUUGUCUGCAGCCAGAGUCUGCCUGCGAGGAUGUGGCUGUACCUGGCCGCCCUGCUGGGGCUGUACUUCCUCCGCCGAUGGUACCGGGAGCGGCAGAGCGUCGAGGGCCUCCCGGAGAAAUACGUCCUGAUCACCGGCUGCGACUCCGGCUUCGGGAACCUGCUGGCCAAGCAGCUGGACGUGCGGGGCCUGCGGGUGCUGGCGGCUUGUCUCACCCAGCAGGGCGCGGAGCAGCUGAGGAAGGCGACGUCGCAGCGGCUGCAAACGGUGAUCCUGGACGUCACCCGGACCGACAGCAUCGCCGCGGCCACCGCCUGGGUGAAGGAACAAGUGGGGGACAAAGGGCUCUGGGGCCUGGUGAACAACGCAGGGAUCGGCAUCCCCACGGCCCCCAACGAGUGGCUGACCAAGGACGACUUUGUCAAGGUGUUGAACGUGAACCUGAUCGGCCUCAUCGAGGUGACCCUCAGCGUCCUGCCCCUGGUGAAGCGAGCCAGGGGCCGGGUCGUCAACGUGGCCAGCACGAUGGGCCGGCUGGCCAUGAUUGGAGGGGGCUACUGCCCGUCCAAGUACGGGGUGGAGGCGUUCUCCGACAGCCUCCGGCGGGAGCUCCUUCCUUUCGGGGUCAAGGUGUGCAUCAUAGAGCCGGGUGCCUUCGGGACGCAGAUCUUAAAUACCCAGAUCAUUAAAGACAUGCUGCAGGAGGUGUGGGGCCGGGUCCCCGCCGAGAUCAAAGAGUCGUACGGGCAGCGCUACUUCGACACCUAUUAUGAGCAAUUCCUCCAGCUCUUAUCCACGGCCAGCCCCAACCUCUUCCUGGUCACCGACUGCAUGGAGCACGCGCUGACAGCCCGCCACCCCCACACUCGCUACUCGGGGGGCUGGGACGCUAAGCUGUAUUACCUCCCGCUCUCCUACUUGCCAGCCUGGUGCCAAGACUUCCUGCUGACUCUCCGGCAGCCCAAACCGGCCCAGGGCAUCUAGGGGGCAUCGGCGGUGAAGCCACCUGGGGGAGAUAUUACGGUUGAGACGGCAGCAUCUCGCCGUGUAACUGACUAGCUUCUGGGGUGCAGCGUAUUGCUUGUUUUAAAGCCAGCGGGUGGGACUGAUCAGGUGUCAUACUCCAGUUAAUGGAAAGAGCCAAGUAGGGCGAGGGGGGAGGGUCUGCUGCGGGGGGGGGGUUGGGGAUCUGCUGCCUUCGCAGACCAGCUUCCGCUGGGUCCUACUCAUUUCCUACGUCACUGGAAUGCCAGGGGCUUCACCAGCGGGGAGAACCGUGCCGAAGGGGCCCCGGGUGUAUGAAUCGAAGGGAGGCAGAGGAGAGGUCCAGGCUGGUCAGGCGGUUACGGCCCUGCGGCAGGAUUCAGGGGAGCUGGGUGCCAUUCCUGACUUUGCCACAGACUCACUGCGCAAAUCAUUUGCCGUGCCUCAGUUUCCCCAUCUGUAGAAUGCAGGCAGUACAUCUUCCCGGGUUUAAACUGUGAGCUCUUUGGGGCAGGGACUGUCUCUCACCUGCAUCUGUGCAUCAGCCAGCACAACGGGACCCUAUCUUGGUGAGGGCCUCCAGGUCCUACCACGAUACAAUCAAUCUAAUUGCAUUGAACUCUAGUAAAAUCACUGGUUUCAGGCUAGGGCAUGGGGUUAGUAGAGGCCUCUCUGGCCUUUUUUGUUUAUUCGCAGAGCCAAUAAAUUGUUGCAAAAACGUU